AUGGCGAACGUACCUGAUUACUACAGUAUCCUUGAAGUCCCUCCAACAGCUACUCAAGAAGAAAUUCGAGAAGCUUACAAGAAGCAGGCAUUGCUCCACCAUCCUGAUCGACUCAAAGACGAUGCAAGUCCCGAAGAGCGCAAAGAGGCUACCAAAAAGUUCCAAGUGAUAGCAGACGCAUACUAUAUCCUAGGGGAUCGAGAUCGACGAGCCACCUAUGAUAGAUCCCAUCGACGCUAUUCGCCUACCCCUGGAGACUCUCAGUCAGAUGCAAACCGUGUCUUUGGUGACGUUUUUGAAGAGCUGUUACGCGUUGAAGUGGAACAUCCAUCCUAUGCAUGGCGUAUUUUGGGUACUGGUGCUGGUGCCAUCUUGGGUUUCAUUAUUGGCAACGUUGCUGGUGCAGCAGUGGGUGCUAUGGCUGGAAGGACAUUGGGAAAGAUUCGAGAUCACAAAGGUGUAUCCGUUUAUACCGCCUUUCAACGACUUUCGGUGCAUGAGCGAAGAGAUAUCUUAAGCACUCUGCUGACAAAAUUCUUGACACAAGGUGCCGCCGGCGUCAUGAAAUGA